GGUGCGCAAAGACUUCGGGCACUUCCUCGUCUUCAUGUCGCGCACGCGCUCCGACUCCUGGGACUAGCCUGCUGCGGCGGGCGAAGAGGGCGAGGGCAAGAACCCAGGUGCAAGACGAGAGCCGCUCGAGGAAGAAAUCUUUUUGCUUGUGCCGCGGGAUUCGCUCCUGGUCCUCUUCCAUUCCGCUCCAAAGGUAGGCGGCAAUGGUGUUGGGUUCGCCGGUGAAGCGGCUGGCGCGGCGGGUCGUCAAGGGGCGGCUGGAGAAGGCCGGCAUGGCGGGCCUCGCCGCGGUGGCCGUAGCCACCGCCGCGCUGCUGCUGCUCCUCUGCGCCGCCUCGCUCCGCAGCUCGGCCGCCUUCGGCUCUGCGGUGUCGGCGGCGCCCAGGAAGCUCUGGACCGGCGGGGUCUCCAUUGCGGCCGAGGCUUCGGCUGCGGCGGCGGCGGAAACGCGCGGGAAUGUGGCGGCGGGCAACGAGGAGUGCGACCUGUUCGACGGGGAAUGGCUGUGGGACGACGGCUACCCGCUGUAUGAGUCCAGGGACUGCCCCUUUUUGGACGUCGGGUUCCGGUGCUCCGAGAACGGCCGCCCCGACGCGUCCUACACCAAGUGGCGGUGGCAGCCGUCGCGUUGCGAUCUCCCGAGAUUUGAUGCCAAAGUUAUGUUAGAGAAGCUACGAAACAAAAGAGUAGUAUUCGUCGGUGAUUCAAUUGGAAGGAACCAGUGGGAAUCUCUGCUCUGUAUGCUCUCCACUGCUGUUUCUAACAAGAGCUCCAUCUAUGAAAUUAAUGGGAGUCCCAUCACAAAGCACAUGGGUUUCUUGAUUUUCAACUUUAGAGACUACAAUUGCACUGUGGAAUACUACAGAUCUCCUUUUAUAGUCCUUCAAGGUCGUGCACCAGCUGGAGCCCCUGAGUUUAUUAAGUACACAAUUCGGGUGGAUGCCAUGGAUUGGAUGUCUGACCGGGGUAAGUGGAAGGAUGCUGAUGUAUUGAUCUUCAACACUGGGCACUGGUGGAACAAUGAGAAAACAAUCAGGGGAGGUGCCUACUUCCAAGCAGGAGAUGAGGUGAAAAUGGAGAUGAGUGUUGCUGAUGCUUACCAAAUAUCGAUACAGACAUUGUCUGAUUGGCUUCGCAAAGAAGUUAACACAAGCAAGACCCAUGUCAUCUACCGUACAUAUGCUCCUGUGCAUUUCAGAGGUGGUGACUGGAAAACUGGAGGGAGCUGUCACUUGGAAACCCUUCCGGAUGUGACCCCACUCAAGUCGCUGGAAGAAUGGUCUGACCUGCUUAAACCCGUGAAUGAUGUUCUAGGGAACAAUCUCAGGCCCAAGCUUCAUGGGUUAGACAUGCUGAACGUGACGCAGAUGACAACUCAGCGAAAAGACGGCCACCUUUCGGUGUACCUAAGCCGUUCAGGACCUGUCCCCCGCUACAAACAGGAUUGCAGCCACUGGUGCCUGCCUGGAGUCCCUGAUACCUGGAAUGAGCUUCUCUACGCCCUCGUCGUGAAGAGACAUACGAUGAUGGAUCAGAAUGUUUCCCUUGCUGGCACUGAAACACUGAACACUGGUAGAUGAAGUACAAGGGAUGAGCUACUUAGUGCUCUCUUUCUGAAGACUGGAGAUGGAGGUAAAUCGAGCACCUGAUCAUGACAAAUCAAGCUUGGUAGUCAUCCUUGGCGACGACACUGCUGACCACAUAUGAAACAUGAUGCCAGAAUGGUGAAACAUACUUUUGGAUCAUGGGAUUGGUUUGCAGGAAGCUGCACCACCCUGCUGUAUUUGCAUAUGCUGAGGUUAGUGAAUAGCUGAGUAGAGGUAUAAAGAUAGUUUAGCAUUGUAUGGUGAAGGAAAUUUAUAUGUUUCAUGGAGAGGUUAUUAGUGUUAGCAGUGGAGAACAUAGCUAGGGCCUGGGCCUGCAGUAAAUGAUGUAAAUACAGUAUAUAGCAGCGGCGUAACUGAGAAUGGUUUCAGUUGAAGACUUGAAGCUCUACCACAGUUGGCUCUACCCGAUUCUCUUUUUUAGAUGGGCUCGACAUGUUUGGAGACCAGUUUUUUUGUAUGCAGCUUCUGGUGCUGAGCAGUGUUACUUGAACACCUUUGUUAUUUUUUUUUUGCCGAUUUGGGACACCUUAAAUCUGAGU